AUGUCGGUUCGGGAUCCAUUGGUGUCUCUGCGUCAGUACCAUAACGUUGCUCGGAUGGUGCGACCAGGUUUACCGAUUUUGUUGGUGUUACUGUUGACAGUUGGGGUGCUCUCGGGAGACCCAUCUUGCGGCCUUCACUGUACAGAAUCUUGUUGUGAAAUAUCCAAAGGAGAUUUCCAGUGCUGUCCUUUCGUUAAUGUUUCGACGAAGGAUGUACACAGGGUGUUUGUUGUACAGAUGGAAGAUCUUGCUGCCCUCAAGGGAGCACGUGUGAUCCUGAUGGCUUAUCAUGUUCCUUCCAAACUGGUGCACGAUGACGGUUUUGGUCAGUUAGACCUCAACAAGCCUGAUGUAGGCACACCGACUUUGUGUCCCGAUAAAAAGUAUACUUGCCCAAAUAAUUCCACGUGUUGCUCUUUGGACAAUGGAUCUUGGGGAUGCUGUGACCUUCCAAAUGCUGUGUGCUGCGGUGACGGACUCCAUUGUUGUCCACACGGAACCGAGUGUAACGCACAAAAAGGAGAAUGUGAUCCGGUCGAACAAGUUCCUCUCACAAAUGAAGUUGAUCCGUCCUUGCCCCUUGUAUUCAUGAGCAGACUGGGAAUUUCUCGUACUGAGUCUGAUCGCGUGGACCAGCACACAUCUGUGAAUGACACGGCACAGCGCUCGUGGGACGCUGUGACUAGUUCGUGGGUUCAGUGUGCAGAUGAAUUGCAUCAGUGUCCUGAUGGAACGACUUGUUGUCUCGACCUAUUCGACCAGUAUGCCUGCUGUCCAUUUCCGAGGGCAGUCUGCUGUGCUGACAAAGAACACUGCUGUCCGGAAAGCUACACUUGCGAAACGGAAACAGGACUAUGCCGGUCCAGUUCAGCGUCUCAGCGGCUGCAGCCGGUAACCGAACAGGCUAAACCCAAUGAUCUGACUCUGAAUGAUGAACAACUUUGUCCAGACGGACAUUCCAGAUGUCCUUACACUCACACAUGCUGCCAACUGGCUGACAAAACCUGGGGAUGUUGCCCGCUCUCUGAGGCUGUUUGCUGUCCGGACGGUCUCCAUUGCUGUCCUUCAGGCUACAAAUGCAAUAUGGAGAAAGAGACUUGCGUGAAAAACGUUGUAGAUACUCCGUUACUUCAGCCAUCAUCUCUUCCCUCUCCUUCUGCCACGAGGAUCGCGUGUGGCAACCCUGAAUUCCAGUGCGACGAUGGAACUACCUGUUGCCCCCUACCGAAUGACGAGUGGGCCUGCUGUCCGUUUGCUAAUGCUGUCUGUUGCUCGGAUCAAGCACACUGCUGCCCUGAGAACACCACUUGUGAUCUGGAGCACAGUCGUUGUGUUCCUAAACCAACCGAAAACCGCCCAUCAGCUGCUGAUAACUUGAUGAUCAGCAUAUCUCAGCCGAUGGACCCUAAGGCUGAUGAAACUUGUCAGAUGGCCUGCCCGACUGGGACCUGUUGCAAGGACUCCUCUGGACUUACUGCCUGUUGUCCCUUCCCGAACGGUGUUUGCUGCUCAGAUGGUUUGCACUGUUGUCCAUAUGGUACACGAUGUGAUGGACACACCAUGAUGUGUUUGCCAGCAGGAACUACCAACAGGCUACCUGAAUCCAUCCCUUGGUUAGUGAAAACUCCAGCUCGCCAACAGGCAUCUACCGUGGAUAAGCCAACUGUGUCGAAGGCCAAUGUGGCAUUACUCCCGCCCAACAUCACUUGUCCGGAUAGGAGGCACAUCUGUAAAUAUAACCAAACUUGUUGCCUUCACAAAACAGGUGUCUAUGCGUGCUGUCCCUUUGCCAACGCGACUUGCUGUAGAGAUCGACUGCAUUGUUGUCCUGCCAACACAACAUGCGACUGGUUUGGUAAUUGUGUUCGUAAGCUGAACCUCCAGUCGAAAAAGGACAUUUCAGAUGCGCAUCGAAUGCAGCCGACCACCGGACAAUCUUCACUUCCACCAGCCCUAACCAACUUGAACUUCCAACUUGGCAAGCCUGCGAAUGCCGAGUGGUGUGGCGAUUUGUGUCCAAGCAGCGGGUUCUGUUGUGCUGACAGAUCUGGACAGCCUCGUCGCAGAUGUUGUCCCGCGACUGCAGGUGUAUGCUGCUCGGAUGGAGAGCAUUGCUGUCCUCGUGGAAGUCGUUGUACGGGGAAUGGUAAAUGUCUAUCAGAAAGUCAAAAUGUCCAAACCUCUUUCGCACCGUAUCUGAUACCGGCAAUGAGUGUCAAUGGUGUGUCUGCAGGUUUUCCGCAAGGGUUCGAAUCACAACCUCCAUACGCUCGUUCGAUCGCAUUGAAGACUACGGCCGCUAGAAUCAAUCCGAUGUUCCUCUUGGACUUUUACUAUCGGAGAAACGUUCGGAAAUUCACCGUAUGUCCAGACCUUGAACGCAUCUGCGGUCUAAAUCAACAGUGUUGUCCGUCCUUGGAACAUCACUACACCUGUGCUCCGAAGGGGGUCACCUGCUGUCCAUACACCUCUGACACAUACUGUCCCCCGGGUGGGGUAUGCUCGCAAGAUGGCUUAUUGUGUGGCCCGCCUCCAGAAUGAGGAAACGGCCAGUCAACUGAUUCGUUGUUUGGGUAUUUGCGUUCUAUAUUUUGCGCUUUGGCUAGACUUUCGAUCGCUACCUUCGCUCUGGUGAUUCGUUUCCACGAGAAACCGUUAGUCAUUCGUACCGUUUUCUACUCCAAUUUGUGUCUCUUGCUCUCUCUCUCUCUCUCACCAUGUGUUUCAUUGUCUACGGCUAUCGAAUAAAGAGAAUUCUAUCCACGCAU